AUGUGGCUUGAUCGACGUCCCGGCCAGCAUCCAGGAAGCGCAGCUCCUCCGCCGAACAACCGUUCCGUCUCGCCGCUGCCACAACGUACCAGCUCGCGCGGUCCAUAUCUUGCCCCCCAGAGGCCCGGACUUAAUACGAGAGGGUCUUCUGCAUUAUCUUUGGUCUCGAAUGACUCGUCGUCUUCCCUCCUCGCCUCGGCAAAGAAAACCAAUGGCUCCUCCUUGAGGCAGUCUUCUACCGUGGACGAUGCGCCAGAUCCCGAAGAGGUCCUGGCUAGGAUUCUAGGCCAGUUUCCCAGUACCAAUACCACACAACAACCGGAGGCGAAACCAGCGAGCGGCAUCACCGAAGAUGACCUGGACUUCGACGUUGACUUUGGCGGCUUGACCCUGACCGAGCUCGCCGGCUCUGACGUCAGUUCGCGCCAAGUGGACAACUAUAAACCCCAAAGUGUUCAAGAUUAUGAGCGAGACAAGGCCAAAUUCGAGGACCUACAUCGGUCGAUCCGCGCGUGCGAUGACAUCCUGAGCUCCGUUGAAUCCAACCUCACCAACUUUCGCAAUGACCUAGCUGCUGUGUCUGCCGAUAUUGAAAGCCUCCAGGCGCGAUCAGAAGCUCUUAACGUGAGACUAGAAAACCGAAAGGCUGUAGAGAAGGGUCUGGGACCCUUGGUGGAAGAGCUGAGCGUCUCUCCUCUCGUAAUAACAACGAUUGCCGAAGGUCAUAUCGACGAAACAUGGGUGAAGGUCCUGGCCGAGGUGGACAAGAGAGCUACGGCUCAUAAGAAGAAUGCGCAACAACCCCAGAGCAAAGCGCUUGCUGAUGUUGGCCCAUUGCUGGAAAAGCUCAUCCUCAAGGCUAUCGGACGAAUACGGGACUUUCUGGUUGCGCAAAUCAAAGCAUUGCGGUCGCCUCACAUCAAUGCCCAGAUCAUUCAACAGCAGAACUUCCUCCGGUUCAAAGAUCUGUUUGCGUUCCUCCAAAAACAUCAACCUACACUCGCCGGCGAGAUAUGUCAGGCCUACAUGAACACCAUGCGGUGGUAUUACUUGAACCAGUUUACCCGCUACAAACAAUCUUUGGACAAGCUGAAGCUUCACAUUAUCGAUAAGAACGACGCGAUGGGACACGAGGACACCUCUCGAAGAACGACUGUCCUGUCUGGAUCCAAACUUGGAGGCGCGCCCCAUGACGCCUUUAGCAUCGGCCGAAGGAAUGAACUGCUCAAGUCUAAGGACCAAAUAGCAAUGUCGUCUUACCUGGCCGACGAGGACCAGACCACACAUUAUCUUGAGGUUCCGUUCCGCAACUUCAACCUCGCCCUUGUCGACAACGCUACGGCAGAGUACACAUUCCUCGUGGCCUUCUUCAGCCCGGCACUAUCACUUUCGCUCAUCUCGCGUCACUUCACCUACAUAUUCGAUCAGACCUUUGCCCUUGGGCAAGCCCUCACCAAGCAGCUUGUGUCCGACACCUAUGACGGACUCGGUCUGCUGCUAUGCGUGCGUCUGAACCAGCAUUUCGCCUUUGAACUCCAACGGCGCCGAGUUCCCGUUGUGGAUGGUUACAUCAACGGCACCGCCAUGGUGUUGUGGCCACGCCUGCAGAGCGUCAUGGAUGCCCACUGCGAAUCAGUCAAGACGCUGACUUCUGCGCUCCCCAACAAGGCCGGAUCCGCUUCACAGGCAAAGACAGCCUCAGCGGCUCCGCACGUCGUCACCCAGCGAUUCGGGCAAUUCCUUCACGGUGUGCUUGCCCUCAGUGCCGAAGCAGGGGAUGAUGAGCCGAUCGUCAGUAGUCUACACAGACUGCGUAUCGAGGUGGAGGCGUUCCUGGCCAAGCAUAGCCAGGCGCAACUGGGAGCGGAUUCGAGGAAACGGGACAGGUUCCUUUAUAAUAAUUACAGCUUGAUUUUGACCAUCAUUAGCGAUGUGAGCGGCAAGCUUGCGACGGAACAACAGGACCAUUUUGAGUCACUUAAGGCAAGCGUACAGGAGAAUAGCUAG